AUGGAGCCACGACCUAAUACCUCACUCUACGCAAAGAUAUUCCGAGAACCACCAAUCCAGGUGAUUGUAGGGAGUGCUAAGAGCUCCUAUUUUGUCCAUCCUGAAGCCUUGUCAUGGUGCAAAAACUCGGCACUAAGUGCGCGGAUCGAAGGGCCAUGGAGGCAGCACGGAGAUGAAAGUCCAAUUGACUGGUCCGAUUUUGAUGAGCAGACUGUCGAAUGCGUCUUAAGCUACCUUUAUACGCAAGAUUACUACGUCCCGCAGUUGGAAGUUACUCCGGAUGAUGGUUGCAAAGACGAAGAUGACAGCAAAGGUAGGGCGUUGUUUGCUGAAGUUAAUGUCGGUGAUAUAUUAAUGUUGUUCAUAGCUCCUACUGGAAUCGAGCCGUCUACACCCGAGUCUGUACCUGAUGAUCAAGAAACACUUAACAGACCACUAACACCCUUGAGCCGGUGCCUCAAGGCUGGCCUACCGGCAGAUAAUAACCAUACUGCUGCAGGCACUUGCACUUAUCGAGCAUCUCCGAAUCCUGACGAUCGCCUUGGCGCUGAAAUUCUAAUCCAUGCGAAAGUAUAUUGCUUCGCACAUCGUUAUUGUAUCCGUGAACUUGAAGACUUCGCACUGCAACGUCUCACAAAGGUUCUUAUUAUCAUCGAUACAGAAACAGUGGCAGUGUUUCCGUAUCUCGCAGAUGCCAUCCGUAUUGUCUACGAUUCGACACCAGGAGCGAGUUUUCAAGAUAAUCCUGCUCGGAAGUUGUUAUCUCAAUAUGUUGCAUUGAAUUACACUAGGUUGGAAAGUGAGAGCUUCGAUCAAAUUAUGGCAGAGGGUGGUGAAUUCAUGGUGGACUUAUCGCACAAGUUGGCCAGGCGGCUCAACAUGAGUGGGAUAGGUGCCGAAACUCUGGUGGAACAAAUUGAUGAUCUUCACUUACAGAUAAAUCAGUUGAGUCUAGAUCUUCAUGAACAGGUGACCCAGCUCAAUAGUGCGAGGAAAGAAUUGAUGGAGUGGGAUAGCUGGAAUCGAGGGAUUUCCGGAAAGUAUAGAAAGGCAAAAAGAAAGGUGUAA